AUGAGGGGCCUCUGGGGCCCCCAGAUUGCUGGGGCCCUCCGGCAGCAGAAGCCGGGGGGCCCCUUAGCCUGCAGCACAAGAGCUGCCGCUGCUGCUGCUGCUGCCUUCGUCUAUUAUCCCUUGGGGGGCCCCCUCUUAGAAGCAUAUCCUGCAACUGGAAGCCUUCGUGCUGCUGCUGCUGCUGCUACAGUUGCUGCUGCUAAUAGUUCAGGGCACAGGUGCAGUAGCACAUCGAUCCGUUCCCUCUCGCGUUCUGCUGCUGCUGCUGCUGCUGCUGCUCCUUCUCCGAGACCGGCUUCUGGCAGUCACGAUGAUGGGUGCAGCAGCAGCACUUGCGCUCCGCUUGGGGGGCCAGCAGCAGCAGCAACACACCGUAUGGGUUCUUCUGUGCCUUCGCAGCAGCAAGAGCAGCAGCCAGCAGCAGCAGCAACACACUAUAUGGGUGCUUCUGUGCCUUCGCAGCAGCAAGAGCAGCAGCUGCAGCAGCAGAUGCAUCAGCAGCUUCUGCAGCAGCAGCAGUGGUUGUUCAGCACGCCAGAAAGCGAAGUGCUGAAGAAGCAGCCGCUGCGGAGUGCCUCAGCAGCAGCAGCAGCAGAGGAGGAAGUGCUGCUGACGCCAGAAGACUGUAUAGAGUUUUUCAAGCUGCAGCAAGGCACGAUGCGCCCUGAGCGCUAUUUGCUGCUGCUGCAGCAGCUGCAGCAAGCUCUUCACUACCAGGAAAGCACCAGCACCAGCAGCAGCAGCAACAGCAGCAGCAGCAGCAGCAGCAGCAGCAGGAAGCGGAGCAAGUUCAUAGAAGAAGACGUUGCUGUUUCCUUUCAGAGGUGGCUGAUGCUACGAGUAGAUGCAAUCCCUGCUCCCUUGCUGCUGAAGUGUUUGCUGCUGCUUGAGCAGCUGGGGAUGUGCAGCAGGCUGUUGCUGCAUGCAGCUGCUCCUUUGCUGCUGCUGCAGCUGCCGCAGCUGCGACUGCACGGUGCCCUUCAGAUGCUGCAGCUGUAUGUACACCGCAAAGCAGCAAAGCCCCAACUAUGCGUGCAGCUAGCUGACUGGAUUGCUGCAUCAGGCGCCUCCAGCCUCCAAUAUUGGCAGCAGCAUCAGCAGCACGAUCAGCAGCAGCAGCAGCAGCAGCACGGUCAGCAGCAACAGCAGCAGCAGCAGCAGCAUGAGCAGUUGCAUAACCAGCACGGGGAGCACCACCUCCAUGCGGGGCAGCAGCAGGACUCGAGGGAAGUGCAGCAAAACCAGCAACACCAGCAAGAUCAGCAGCAGCAGCAGCAGCAGCAGCAGCACGCAACGCAGCUGCAGCAGCUGCCUUUAUCUGUGUUAGCUGGGGCCUGUGAAGUCGCGGCGAAGAUGCCCGUAAGCCAGCGGGUGCUGCUGCAAGGUAAGGGCACGCCAGCAGCAGCAGCAGCAGUAGCAGCAGCAGCAGCAACAGUCUCUACUGAGCAACAGUCUCUGCUGCAGGAGUGCUGUAGUAGUAUUAGACACAAAAGCAGCAGCGACAGCAGCAGCAACGACAGCACCAGCAGCUAA